AAAUGAUCUCAAUUACGCGAUAAUGCUAUGCUUCCUCUUGUCUGACAAUACGUAUAUCACCCAAGUUCACACCGAUUAAACAAAGAAGUGCCGAAUACGUUGACUGAAGAAAUUUUCAACGUUUCCCUGGCGAUAAUAAAUCUGUUCGAGGAUGCAACAAAUAGCUCUGUCUAAAUUUUGAAUCCAACCACUACAAAUCAUUCAACAGUCACAACUUAUGCGAUUGACAAUCAAUUUGAUAUUCGCGUUUCACAUUUGCAAAUGAGAAUCGGACUUUGAUGUUCGCGGAUUUUGACGAUUCCACUUGAUUGUCAACUUGCCGGGGAUACCACGUGAUUUAAAAUGGCGACGUGCAGCGUCAAGUUGGAAGAGUGCGAAGUCUGUGGAGGAAGGAGUGCGAAGUACACGUGUCCUAAAUGUGAGGUUAGAACAUGCUGUCUGGACUGCGUAAAGAUACACAAGAAAGAAUUGGAUUGUGAUGGAAUACGCGACAAGACUAAAUUCGUACCUCUGAAAGCAUUCACAGAUCUCGACGUAUUGAGCGAUUAUCGAUUGCUUGAAGAGGUCGGUAGAUCUGUAGAUUCAUUUCAGAGAGAUCCUUCCAAGAAGUAUACAAGACUAGGUAACCUGCCAGUGCAUUUGCAUAAGUUAAAGACAGCUGUCCAUCACAGGAAUACAAAAUUGGAAUUUUUACCUCAAAACUUUAGCAGACAUAAAAUCAAUACAACAUAUUAUAAAUGGAAAACAAAUGAAUUGUUUUGGAGGAUUGAAUGGAUUUUUCCGCAAGCAGAGAAUAUGAAGCAUAAUGAUAAUCGUGUCCUGGAAACUGAGAGAUUGUCUACGAUACUAGGUAGAGUUUUAGAUCCUUUGACAAUAGAAACCGAAGGUAGUGAGAGUAUCGAAGUAAUAAAUUUGAAGAUAGCGUACAGAGAAAAAUUACAGUAUUACCGAGCAGCUGGUUUUAACAAUAUCAAAGUCCUUCUAAAAGCUGAGAAAGUGAAGAGAUGUGAUUCAAGAUUUCACGAGCUGAACCUUACUGAAACACUGAACGAAAAUCUGGAAAAUAAAACUAUCAUAGAAUUUCCUGUUUUCUAUGUGAUACUGAAAGAUCAUACAGAUAUGUACGAGAUUGUAGACACUGAUGAAGAAGAGGCGUCAACAGAGGCUGAACAAACAAGAGGAAACCUCAAAAGAAAACAUACAAAUAAUCAGAGAGUUAAAAAGAAGAAUGAAGGAGUUCCAGUAAACUUUUUCUUUGACAAUGAUCUAACAGAUUCAGAAAAUGAAAGUAUGGAAAUGGUUUCAAAAAAUAAAAUGUACUCAAAUUUAUAAAAUCGUUAGAAGGUUAUAUUGCUGAGAUAACUUGGGGUAUUCAAGUAUGCACAGCUUCUGAAAAUAAUAACUUCAACUAAUCAAUUCUAAUUAAAACCGUUGAAUUAUGUGCAAAACAUUUCCGUGAAAUUAUAGGUAAGAAGUAAUAGAUGGAAACGCUUCAUCUGAGUUACUUUUAUGCAUUUCCAUGCAUGACCAAAUAUUUAGUAGAAAUUCAAGCUUUUAUUGUAAAUAGAACGUUCACUAGAACAGUGUAACCGAAUUUGAUAAAUAUACAAUAAUAAUAUUACUAAUCAUGAAUACAGGCUACUAUAUUACACAAUUUCCAUAGACCCUAUGUCUCUUUCAACAAUAAGAGCUAUUUUUUAUGUAUGUUUUCCCCAACAAUACUUUAUACCACGUAAAUAAUACAUAAUUUCCUAAGAGUUUUCAAUGGGAUUGGCUAUGCAUAAUAUGUCAAAUUCCCAUAAAAAACAGAUUAUGUUUACUCACUUUGAUGGAAUUAAAAAUAAAUUUGAUUCGUGUAUUCGGAAGUUGAAGCAAAAUACGUAUGCUUAUAUUUAAACACGAAUAUCCAUCGAAUGAAAAUCAUUUUGAAAGUGUUACAUCACAUGAAGAAUAGAAUUCUAUAUUCAAUCGCCCGUGCGAAAACCUGUAGCAGUAUAGAUCUUUACAGAAGUAGUUUUGCUGUAAGCAAGUAACAUUACAUAAUAACAGAAACGUCUGUUCGUGUAACUUUUCAAAGAGCUCUUAGUACGCAAUAAUGCCUAUGAUAUUCCUAUUGCAUUGCAGUUUUCCGAUUUUUGUUGCAAUUCUUAUACAUUGAGAAAUUUAAAUGAUUGAAUCGUAGAUUAAUAUAAAACUAUUGUAUCUCUACUCAUAGAAGUUCAAAGCUUUGUUUGAGAAUUAAAAAUGAAAAACAAUUUCUUGCCUAACUAAAUCACACCUUCCGAUUAUACAGAAAUAAGACUGGAAACUCAUCAUGGACACAAUCGAGGCUCUACUCUGCAUAUAUCAUGCCGUUCAAAUUCUUUGUAUCAACUAAACGUCUUAUUUUACGCUUGAAGUCAGUAUACAUAAAUAUAUAAUAUUUCAGUUUCACUGAAUGUGAAACAAAAAGACAUUCUCCACAAUACACAAUGGUCAAAAUAUUUCGCACGCACGCCCUCUCAUAGGUGAAGAAUUUAUCGAUUCCAUUUAAAUCAAUAACAAUAAAAAUUCAUACUCAUCAA